AAUCAUUUCGGGAGCGAGGGACGUUGUGGAAUAUUCUUAAUUUUCCUGGCAGCUGAUAGAUUGACUUGAAAAAUUAUUUUGAUCAUCAGGAAAUAUGGCUGACCCUCGGUUGGGCCGGAGGGGCUCGACACCGUCCUCUGUUCCCCAGAAACGCAGCCUUGAGGACGAGCAUGCACCAGCAGUCUCCUCUCCAUUGAAUCCAGAUUCUGGUACGAUGUCAAGGGCUAAGCCCAAGGACAAGGCUCUACAGCGCGAGCAAAGAGAUAAAAAGGAUUCGCUCAAGAAACGUGAGUCGAAAGCAGGCGUCGAUGUCCGAGGGACCACGCCUGAUGCCAGCGCUGCCAAAAGGAAGCACAAAAGCGCUGGCACUGCAACUCAACCUCCUCUGUUAGCUCCCUUGCGAUACAAGCUACCGCCGCCCAAACCAACCGAUUUCGAGCCUCCUCGCGGGCCUGUCUUCACUGCGGACCUGACCAGGACACAUCCUGAUGGGCAUGAGGUACAAUUCUACGAGAGCUCUGAACAUGUCUAUAACCGCAAAGGGUUCAGGUACACGCAUUGUAUCGCGGAUCCAGCUUUUCCAUCUUCGCUUUAUUACCGUCAAACAGACACCGAGCCGUUUGGACCCCGAAUAGCUUUUGAAGAUACAUCGUCUUACAUUCAAUUCGAUCAGUCUGGCCGCAGCAUUACCACUGAAAAAGGAUAUCGAAUGGGGAGAGCAAAUGUGGGCGUGCGUGAAGGGAGCUGGUACUGGGAGUGCAAGAUCAUCAGCGGCGUCGCGAAAGAUCAAGAAUCAACAAUGAACGGACAAGAUGGUCGAGGCCAUGUACGAAUGGGAUGGGCGAGGCGCGAGGCAAGCCUUGAUGCCCCUGUCGGCUUUGACGCUUACAGUUAUGGCUUUCGCGAUGUUGGUGGGCAAAAAUUGCACAUGUCUCGGCCAAAGGACUGCUUUCCGCCAGGCGAAGAUAUUCAAGAGGGAGACGUGAUCGGGCUGGAGAUCAAUCUCCCCUCGCUCGCUCUCCAUAGAAAAGUCGUCGGGGGUUACUACAACCCGGCAGUCGACUUCUCAACCGAUACGGACGAUCAUAGUAUAGAAGCGCCAGACGUCAUUCGAGACCGUGUUCCGAUCCGCUAUAAGGCACAUCUUUAUUUUGAACAAUUCGAAUAUCAUGCAACCAAAGACCUGGAGGAGCUAAUGAACCCUUCACCUGUUGCACCGUCUGCACAUUCUGCGCACAGCGAACCUCCUAAUCCCAAUCAUCCCAGCGUGGCGCUACGAACUCUUCCCGGUUCAUAUAUCAAAGUAUACAAGAAUGGCAAAUAUAUUGGGACGCCAUUAACCGACCUGCUCGCUUUCCUACCGCCAGCGUCAAAGCCGCAAGCUCAGCCAGGGGCACGCGAUGGGCUGGAUGACGGAAUGUUGGGAUAUUUUCCCGCCGUGAGCGUCUUUCGUGGCGGUGCCGCCGAGGUCAAUUUUGGGCCAGACUUCUGGUGCCCGCCCUGGAAUGCAAGCAAUGACGAGGCUGGCAUCAUUAAGCAAGAAGAAGGCCCUCAGCAGCCUUCUUUGCCGAUCCCAAAGCGUCCUCAGGCAAUGGCAGAGCGGUACAAUGACCAGAUUGCCGAAGACGUUGUGUACGAUCUCGUCGAUGAAGUAGACUUUUGGGUCCAGGAUGGCGGCUCUACUGAGACCAAGCUCGGCGUCAGCGACAGUGCACCGACCGUCCUCGGCCCCGUCGACCCUCGAGCGCCAGGAGUGGAAGAGCUUGCUGACGGCGCCGGAGCCAACCAAGCUGGCGAGAUCAAGGAAAUUGUUCAGGAAGACGAAUAGGCAAUGGGGCUUGGGAAAUUACUCGUGACGAAGAGCCACUGGAAUCGCGUAAUGGGUCAAUGUUGUUUUUGCUUUGAUGGUUGCUAUACCCACUUUUGCACGUAAUAAAUGGACUUGGCAGGUUAUUCCUGGUUAGCUUAUGGUUAUACCCAUUCCUAAAAGCAGAGUGCAUUGCAGGCAUUUCUCAAGACUGUGAAAAAGAUUAUGUUCUGCACGGAAAUUUUGGAAGACUGGUGAAUUGGCCACAUUCUGGGGCUCAGCGUUAUUCAAGACGGUUUUAUUUCCGCAAACGGAAUCGAAUGUGUGCAGGAUCAACGAACAGGCACCUAUUUUAAUCGUAUGGGUUUACUGGCCAGAGGAGAAAAUCCUGGAUUCUCCCAGCCACGUACACCAAGUAAUAGUAAUAGAAGAAGCGGGAAGACGGACAAGAGAGG